AUGGCCUGCCGAGCUUGGCGUGGCGUUGUACUGUCAGCUGAUGACCCGAAGUUCAUUCGCAGUCCAGCUGGAGCUAUUUGCCGUUUCAGCUGGGGAAGCUCAGCUGGGUUUAAAGGCCUGACACCAAUUUCCCCUUGAUCUCAUUUAACAAGAAUAUGUUUUCUGGGGGCACUGUAAAUGUUUCACUAAGAUGAAAAGAAUGGCUCCAGUCUUUCACACAUUCAUGAACCCAGAUAAUUUAAACUCCCCCCCCCUGCCCUUGUCUGAAGGUAAACUGCUGAUCCAGCUGAAGUGAAAUAUUUCAUUAUAAAGGAAUAAGGUUUAAAGCCCUUCUCUAAUUCUAUACAUUCUUUCGUAUCCUUGAUUAUCCCCCCCCCCCCUCAGUACAGCUCUUCACUAAUUCAGAAAUGUUCUAUAGCAGGGAUUGGGAACCAGGUGUUGUUGGACUACAGCUCCCAUCAUCCUUACCUUUUGCCAACACUAGCUGAGGCUGAUGGGACUCCAACAACAUCUUGAGGGUUUCCCACCUCUGCUCUAUACAUUGGUAAUUGUAGUUCUGGACUUACUUUAUCACAGAUAACUGCAACUCAAGACACCUGUAAGAAGCUACAGCUAGGUGGGACCUGACACAUUUCCAGAUGGAGCUUCAAAGUAAUGGAUGGGAAAUCAGUCUAUUUGCAUUUUGGUGUCCAUGAAUAGAGAGCAUGCAUAGACUGCAAUCUGAACCACUGAUCCACCAGAGGCCGCCCUCCACCCAUCUCUGCCAGCCUCUGUCCAUGGAGGGAUUCCAACGUCACUCCAUCAGCAUGGAGCUGCCUGUUCUGUUCGCUGGAAGUACAGGUGGGCAGAAGUACUGCCAGCAGGAUUCCUACCAGUGAUUGUCCAUGGAAAGUCCCCAAAUGGAGUGUUCUGUGGGUGGGGAGGAGCUGGAUCAGCCCAGGAUCCACUGGACCACCUCCACUGCCAUCACUCAGCAACAUGAGGCACAACGUGGACCUGGUUGGUAAGCCAGCUCCAGGGUUUUGCCUGCCCACUCUGCCUUCCAUCUUGUCUGGCAUGACUGGUGGGGCUGCAGAUGCAAUAACUGUGAUGCCACUCAUUGUGGUGGCCUGGGAUUCGGACUCGGAGGCUGAACCUGAGGAAUCCCAGCCUGCACAGGAGUCCCCGCCUCCAGAACCAGCUGAGCCGGGGCUGGGGCUUGAGCCUGAAGGGUCCUCACCUGUGCUGGAUCCUCAGGUGCAGGCACCAGCUGAGUCUGCUCUGGCUCCUGAGGUGAUGGAGGACCCAUUGCCUGCAGGUGCUCCACUCUCAGCCCCGUCAGGGGAAACUGAGGUUGCCUCUGGGUCCGGUAAUCCUCCAGCCUCUCCUGAGCUGCAGAGGCUCAGGGCAGAGAGGCGGAGGGAACUAAGUUCCCACAGGAGGAGUGCUCGCCUCGAGGCCAGGAGAGGCGAGUCACCUGUGGACCGGGGCUGCCCUAUGCCUCGGGGCAGAUAAAAGCCAGCCAGCCCUAGUCCCAGAUUGCGGGAGCAACAUUGUUGGUAGCCUGUUCCUGCCUGCACCCUGUUCUGCUCUUCUGCCAGAGUUCCUGACCUCACCCGACUCCUUGCCUUGGACCCCACUUCAGCUUUGACGGACAGCCUCCUCGAACUUGGACUGGACUCGGACCUCACCGCACGGUUAACCCUCGGGACCAGCACACUCAUUCAUGUCUCUUUUCUGCCCAGCCAAUAUUGCUCUGCCCAUCUGAUUGACUACAGGAUGCUGUGAAUUCCUCAUUUUCUCACUGUCUCUGUGAUCUCUGGUGGGGAUUCCCUAGGCUUGAUGAUAUUCGUGAGGGGGAACAUAUUUGAAUGGAGAUUUUAAUGGACACCUCCUCUAAACCAUGUAUUUAUCCAGCAGUCAAGCCUUCCAUGAAUAUUUCCAUUAAGAAAACCUGGACACUUCCUCGACAGGUGAGCUUUACUAUCCUUUACUGAAUCAGGACAUUUAACAAAGGAGCCACCAAAAUUUAUGGGCAGUGUCAUGUAAGAGUGAAAUGUGUCUUACUAAUUGCUAACACUUUAGAUUCUUUAAUUCCAAUGAUUCAGAAGUCAACCAUUUUUUAAGGAAAUGUGCGGUGUGUUUAUUCCUUAAUUCUAAAUUGAGCCUUACACUGCAAGCCUUUACAUGUCUACUCUGAAGUAAGUCCCACUGGAGCUUACUCCCAGAUAACUCGGUAAAGACUGUGCAGUCUUACACUACAAUCCUAAGCAUUUUUACUCAGAAGUAAGCCCCACUGAGUUCAAUAGAAUUUAGUCUCUGGUAUGUUCUUGAUCAUUCUCAUGGUUUCUAUUAUUAUUAUUAUUAUUAUUAUUAUUAUUAUUAUUUCUUCCCAUUUUUUCCCCUUACUCAAGACAGCUUACAGCUAAAAUUUUAUUUCAUUCUAUUUAUCCAUUGAAGGUAUUGUAUAUCCCUUUCAUUUUUUUUCUUUAUAACAAUCUUAUGAGAUAGGUGAGGUGGAGAGGCUGCAGUUGGCUCAAGGAGACCGAUGUAGAUCUGUACAUGACGUAAAUAUGUGCAGAGAGAUAAAUGCAGGAGAAGCUUCUUGAUGUAGAACAGAAUGUCCUAUUUUCAUCUGAGAAAUGUUGGAGGGUAUGAUUAUGAAAGUUUCAUGGUCGUAUCAGAAUUGUAAGAAACCAAGAGAAACAGAGAACAUUCAGAAUAAAUUUAAGGAGGCCUACUUGCGGAUAAUCCCACCAUCUUUCACAUUUGGUGUACCUGUGGUAGGCUAUGGGACCAUGUUCUCCACAUCAGUGGAUUAUAUUCCCACUUUCCCAGCCCACAGGUUGUUAAUAUACUUGUUAUUUAUAUAGCACACCUAUACCAAGAUAUGUAAAGUGCUUACUGUGAUGUAGAGAUGGCAUUUAUGUGCCAAGACCCUGUGACCCGCAGUUCCCUAGGCGAUGAGUAAACACAGAGACAAUGGUGUUUGGUUUAUGGGUUCAAAUAGCCCUCAACUUCAUUGGUUACAGGUGUGAGCGGUUUGGCGUACACAUUGGAUGAAGCCAGACUAUAUCAUUCCUGCUCGUCUGCUGGGAGAGCAUCUAAGGGUAAACCACCAUUAGGGGGAGCACUAUGACCCACUUCAAAUAGUGGUACUCCCCCCUCAGGCAUCCCCAUUGGUGGGAGUGGUAUGGCCCUAGCCCCCGUCUGGGUAUCGCACAGAAGCCAGUCUCCCCGGAUGAAUUUAACAGGACACCCUUAACAAAGAGGGGCAGGCGGAAGCUACAACCUCCUCUCCAACCAACCAAAGGCUUGCCCAAUGCCUAACCUCACAAAGUUGUGGUUAUUGCUAUGAGGUAGGUGAAAACCCAAUGGCCAGUGCCAAUUUGCCAAGUGGGGGAAAUUCCUGCUCGGCCCCGAAAACGGCGACCGACAUGGUCCAUAGCAAGGCCAUAGCAAAAGCAAAAUUAGAGGGUGGGAGGGCAGGAGAACCGACAAGGGUGGCUGCCUUGCUGUGCCCGCCCUUUAAAUUCCCUCCAGGAGCAUGCCCAGCCAGUGCUGAUUGGUCAGCCAAGCCCGCUCCCAGAGGACAGCUUGGCCCAUGCCCCUGGCACCAGGGGCAGAGGAAGGGGGCGGUGGGGGUGGACCACCCCGGGUGUCACCACUGAGGGAGGUAACAAAAUGGCGGGCGGCACUCACCGCUGGGUCUGCAGCGUGCCUGAGCCAUGCGUCUCUCCUGGGAGUGACGCGGUGGCUUGGGCGCCCCCAGGCUCUGUGCUGCCCCACGGAGCGUCCUGCCCUGCCUGGCCCCAUGGGAGGCUGGCCCUGGGUGUGGGGCACACUCGCCGCCCCUGAUGACCACCGCCUCUCCCUCAGCUGUAGGGUGGCUGAGUGGGAGGAGGCAGGCAGACUCCUCGGAGGCCCCAUGGAGCGUCCUGCCCUGCCUGGCCCCAUGGGAGGCUGGCCCUGCCCCUGGGUGUGGGGCACACUCGCCACCCCAGACGCCCAAUCAGCUUCCUCCACCACUGUUUGGCACAACCAGGUGCCAGCAGGACAGCCAAUAUCGUACCCCCUGCCAGAUCGCCACGGGCCGCAAAGCUACCCACCAUAAAAUGUGGGUGGAGUCACACAAUGUUACCCAUAUGCAGGUGAUGCUUUCGAUCAGAUAGCUGAAUGCGAAUCAUCUUUGAUGGGCACCAUUCAAAACAGCAAGGGCAGAAUUCUGACUGAAAACAACGAGGCGCCGCCUUUCAAAAGUUCAACUCAAGCGAAGGUGACAGAAACGCACUUUUGACAUCGUAUUUCCCUUUGUCCACCUAAUCUAAUACUUCAAUUUUAUAGUUCAGUAAUUUUAAAUUAAAAAAUGCUUUAGCCUUUUGUUCAAUAGCAUUAACAUAAAAUUCUGGCACUGCCACAAAAUUAGCAUCCUCAGUAAUCAGCAGCUUAAGCCCAGGUACUCAGAAUGUCUCACUAUCGUAUUAUUGCUUCUUCCAUUUAAGAUUAUUAUAUUUCUCCAGCCUUUGUGUAGAAAGCCGUGGCUGCAGUACUAUCGGUUGCUGCUUAGGCAGAAAUGCUAUUUUUAAAAAUGCAAUUGCUCUAAUUCCUUCUGAAAAGGAUACUAUAAGCCAUUUUACUGCUACAAAAGCACAAGGGCAUAACAAGUGAAUCUGGCAUGAAAACAUACUUUGUCAUUCUGCACAUUUGUGAACGCAUAAAAUAUAAUCACCGAGUAAUGAUAGCUGCUUCUUUCUUCUUCUUUUUCAAAAAACAGAACACUGGAUUAGUAUCAAAUUAUGAAAAAAUAAUGAUUUAAUACACAAGUGGCAGCCUUCACCGGCAGUUUUCAUUAAAGUAGGCUAAUGACUAUUUGGGAUUCUUUUUCAAGGCUGAACUGGCAAUGACACCCGCAGCGAAAGGUGCCUAAAAUGAUUUGUUUUACGUCCUCAUUCAUGGCUUUUCAUAGCUUCAGCUCCUAAGGUAGGACACGUUUAGGUCUCAUUCACAGGUGCAUGUGUAUCACUCAAUUUCUCUGCAGUCGAUCGCUCAAUGUCUAGCAGCUGAACUGAUUCCACUUUACAAUACAGUGGUACUUUGGUUCUCAAAUGCCUUGUUUCCCAAACGCUGAAAACCCGGAAGCAAGUGUUAUGUUUUUCGGAAGCUGAACAUCUGAUGUGGCUGUCGGCUGUUGUUACCAGGGCGCCUGCACCAAUCAGAAGUUGAGCCUUGGUUUUUGUAUGUUUUGGAAGUCAAAUAGACUUCUGGAACACAUUAAAUUUGGCGCUUUGGUUUUGGCUAUUUAUUUUGCAUUUUUGUUUUUGAGGCUUUGUCGGUUAAUUUGUUUUCGUGACUACGUGGAACCCAGUUCAGCUAUUGAUUUAUUGAUUGAUUGAUUGAUUGAUUGAUUGUGUGACUGCGGAAAUGGAUCAAAGCCUCCCCAUCCAAACAAUGACUAUCAUCAGUGCAGGUAAGAAGAAAAAAUAAUUUUAAUUUUUAUAAUCUACAGUACUGUCUUAUUUAUUUUAUAGUACAGUACAUUGAUUAUUGCUUUCAUUUUAUGAAUCAAUGGUCUCGUUAGAUGGACACUGACAAACUGGAACGUGUCCAGAGGAGGGCAACCAAAAUGGUCGAAGGCCUGGAAACGAUGCCUUAUGAGGAACGGCUAAGGGAGCUGGGCAUGUUUAGCCUGGAGAAGAGGAGGUUAAGGGGUGAUAUGAUAGCCAUGUUCAAAUAUAUAAAAGGAUGUCACAUAGAGGAGGGAGAAAGGUGGUUUUCUGCUGCUCCAGAGAAGUGGACACGGAGCAAUGGAUCCAAACCACAAGAAAGAAGAUUCCACCUAAACAUUAGGAAGAACUUCCUGACAGUAAGAGCUGUUAGGAAGAACUUCCUGACAGUAAGAGCUGUUCGACAGUGGAAUUUGCUGCCAAGGAGUGUGGUGGAGUCUCCUUCUUUGGAGGUCUUUAAGCAGAGGCUUGACAACCAUAUGUCAGGAGUGCUCUGAUGGUGUUUCCUGCUUGGCAGGGGGUUGGACUCGAUGGCCCUUGUGGUCUCUUCCAACUCUAUGAUUCUAUGAUUCUAUGAUUCUAGAUAGUAAAAUUCAUGUUAAAUUGCUGUUUUAGGGGUUGUUUUUAAAAGUCUGGAACGGAUUAAUCUGUUUUGCAUUACUUUCUAUGGGAAAGCACACCUUGGUUUUGGAACGCUUUGGUUUUGGAACAGAAUUCCGGAACAGAUUAAGUUUGAGAACCAUGGUACCACUGUAUUAGUGUUAUUUGCUUGCUGAGACGCCAGCUUGUGCGGGCAAUUGGGGGAUACUGGGAGGAGCCAGGGGCGGAGCCAAAUGUGGCAGCCAUGUGGCUUCAAUGGCCGGUGGCUUCUCCUUCACCUCCUCCUGGCAGUACCACCAGCUGAUUCGACCCUCAUUCCUCUUCGUGGCAAGAGGAGGAGGAAUUAGCCAUUAUAGCUCCACCACACUCAACCCUGUGCUUCAUCUCUGCACUUUGGGGACAUUGUGGGGGGCUGAAAGAUGUCAAGUCCUGCAGGGCCCUAGUCUCUUGUGACAGAGCGUUCCACCAGAUUGGGGCCACAGCCAAAAAAGCCCUGGCUCUGGUUUAGGCCAGCCUAACCUCCCUGUGGCCCGGGACCUCCAAGAUGUUUUCAUUUGAAGACCGUAAGGUCCUCCGUGGGACAUACCAGGAGAGGCGGUCCCGUAGGUAUGAGGGUCCUAGGCCGUAUAGGGCUUUAAAGCUGAUCCUGUACUCCACGGGGAGCCAGUGCGGCUGGUAUAGCACCCGGUGAAUGUGAUCUUGUGACAAGGACCCCAUAAGGAGUCUUGCCGUGGCAUUCUGCACUCGCUGGAGUUUCUGGGUCAGUCUCAAGGGCAGCCCCACGUAGAGUGAGUUACAAAUAGGGAAUGGAUUGUAUGAAAAGACAAGACUAUGCCCUCCCUUGCCAUGAUUCUGACAACCACAUGUGCACAUAGCACCAAUGGGAGUCCCCCCCCCAACUCUUGUCCAGUUUUGGAGGUUCGUACCAAGAGCAUUUGUUUUGGUGUUUUGUUGGUCCAAAUGCUCCAUGCCUCAAGAAACAUCACUCCAUGUAUGAGCCCACUUGCUUCCUGAAAUCUAGUCUGCAGGCGUUUCUUUCAGUUUCAUUUUUGUGGGCAGUAGCGACAGUCACAGCUCAGAGUAGGGGUCCUUACGGUGGCAGCUUCAAAACUGUGGAACUUGCAGGAGGUCAGAUGCCUCUUGCUCAAAACAAUACAACUGGUUUUGGGUUCUGUGGCUACUUAAAAUGAUGUUAGAUGUUCUCAAUGUUUGUUUUAUCUGUAUUUUCAAAAAAGUAUUUAUUGUAAACGCCUCCAAACAGCUGGAAAAGUGGCAUGCCAAUAUUUUAAUAUAUAAAUAAGUUGAUGGAUCAGAAUACAUCUUUCCCAUAGUGCAGGGGAGCCCAAACUUUUUUCAAAGAGGGCCAGAUAUGAUGAAGUGAACAUGCAUGGGGGCCAACCAAUGUUGUUGAGUUUUGUUUUUUUUUCAGGAUCUUACCCCAAAUUUGUUGAGCUUUCUUUUAGGAUUUAGGAUUUUUUAGGAUUGAAAUAAACUGCCACAGGGGCCAGAUUAAACCAACCAGUGGGCCAGAUUGAGCCCCCAAAUCGGACUUUGUACAUGCCUGCUAUAGUCCUAUCGCAUUUAAAAUGGAUCCCUGAAAUAUAUUAAUUUUUUGUGUAACUAGAAACGUAUUCUAGAAUAAAUAAAUGAGUACAAGGAAUUCUUUUUUAAAAAAAAUACUUGCAAAAUUUCAACACACUUACUUUUGGUCUGGUGUUUGUUUUUUUCUCUGUCAGGUUUAGGUUUUUUGGAAAGUAUCCAGCAUUCUGGGUAAAACUCAGUAUUGCAAGGAGGAAAUAGCAUUUCUGAUCGAGAUGAGAUUUUUAUCUGCAGUGCCUAUGAUCCAACAAUUCCCUCAGUGACAACAAAUAUAUCAUCACCUUUCCAUUGUAAGGCCUGUAGCUAUUUUCUUUCUUGAUACAAACAACUUUUAAUACAUCCUUUCAUAUGUUAGCAAUAUACUUCCCCAGAUUUAUCAUAAAAUCAAAACUGGAGAGAGAAUUUUUCAUUCGGAAGACUAAUGGCUACAAUAAAUUCUUGAGCUAGGAUGAAAACAUGAAGAGGAAGUACGGGAAGAGGAAAGCCUCCCAUCAUCAGUAUCCUGUACAAAGGCUUUUGUUUAGUUAAGCUACAGGAUGAUCCAAGGUUUGUAGUUCAAAAGAGCCUCUUCUGCAUCUACUCUACGUAAAGCCCUAGUGGGCUUUAUGCUCCAGCAACGAGGUAUGUGUGCAACCCUGCCAGUUUCUAACCCUGCUUCCCUUCCACAAGGUCUUCAAAGCAGCUUGUUGUUGUUGUUGUUGUUGUUGUUAUUUAGUCAUUUAGUCAUGUCCGACUCUUCGUGACCCCAUGGACCAGAGCACGCCAGGCACUCCUGUCUUCCACUGCCUCCCGCAGUUUGGUCAGACUCAUGCUAGUAGCUUCGAGAACACUGUCCAACCAUCUCGUCCUCUGUCGUCCCCUUCUCCUUGUGCCCUCCAUCUUUCCCAACAUCAGGGUCUUUUCCAGGGAGUCUUCUCUUCUCAUGAGGUGGCCAAAGUAUUGGAGUCUCAGCUUCAGGAUCUGUCCUUCCAGUGAGCACUCAGGGCUGAUUUCCUUAAGAAUGGAUACGUUUGAUCUUCUUGCAGUCCAUGGGACUCUCAAGAGUCUCCUCCAGCACCUUAAUUCAAAAGCAUCAAUUCUUCGGCGAUCAACCUUCUUUAUGGUCCAGCUCUCACUUCCAUACAUCACUACUGGGAAAACCAUGGCUUUAACUACAAACCCCAAUAGACAUCCUGGUUAAGAUGGGAACCCUGGUAGCAUUAACCAUGGUUGAGGCUAGUGGAAAGAGGGUUUGAUCAUUGUGUUGUGUUGGGUGAUAUAGGGAGUGGAGUCAUCGCCUUCAACAUGGGAGUCCCAAGCUGUGAUGGCCUUUCUAGGUCAAAGCUAGCACGGCAGGAAGCAGAUCACGUGACCAAUGGCAUCUCUUGAUGCCAAUUUGAAUAUCUGAAUUUGAAAUGUGCAGAACAGCCUCAUGGACGCAGCUGUGUCGGAAACAAAGUAUCAUCUGAUCCCAGAGUUUUCACAGCUAAGAACAUAAAAAGAUAAGAAGAUCCCUGCUGGUUGAAACCAAAAGUCUAUCUGCUCCAGCUUUCUGUUCUCACAGUGGCCAGCUGGAUACCAAUGAGAAGCCGCCAAGCGGGGCACAAGUGCAAAACGCCCGCUGUUGUCCCUCAGCAGCUGGUUUUUGGAGUCUUACAGCUGCUGAUACCGGCAGUGAUAUACAGGCAUCACGACAAGUAUGCAAUAACAGCUUUAUCCUCCGUGAGCUUCUCCAGUCCUCUUUUAAAGCUAUUGACAGCCCUUUUCAAGCCUUCUGUUUGUUUGUGUGAUGGAAAUAGUUUGAGGGAGAGCAAGAGUGCACUGGAAAAUUCCACACACUCCAGAAUCCCUUUCCCCCCAUCCUGGCUUUCAUGAGUUUGAUGGUGAAUUUUUUUGAAGGAGGGAGCCUGCUUUAUGGAUGGAGGGAUUCCUGCACGGUAUAGAAUUGGGGAUCAUUGUUUGUUUUUGUUUAGUCGUUUAGUCAUGUCCGACUCUUCGUGACCCCAUGGACCAGAGCAUGCCAGGCACUCCUGUCUUCCACUGCCUCCCGCAGUUUGGUCAAACUCAUGCUGGUAGCUUCAAGAACACUGUCCAGCCAUCUCGUCCUCUGUCGUCCCCUUCUCCUUGUGGCCUCCAUCUUUCCCAACAUCAGGGUCUUUUCCAGGGAGUCUUCUCUUCUCAUGAGGUGGCCAAAGUAUUGGAGUCUCAGCUUCAGGAUCUGUCCUACCAGUGAGCACUCAGGGCUGAUUUCCUUAAGAAUGGAUGCGUUUGAUCUUCUUGCAGUCCAUGGGACUCUCAAGAGUCUCCUCCAGCACCAUAAUUCAAAAGCAUCAAUUCUUCGGCGAUCAGCCUUCUUUAUGGUCUAAACUCUAAACUUUAUGGUCUAAACUAUUGGGGAUCUAAACUCUGCCAAGAGCCUCCAGGAAUGCAGAAGGUUCUCCACCUCAGAUGUUUGUCUUUACCAGAUUCUGGACAGCUGGUUGGGGGCGGGUGAUAUACCCAAAAAGUUCACCAACAUGCCCUUGCCUCACGGGAUUUUCAUUGGACAAAUAAACAGAAUGCCUGAAUUGGACUUACAUUGAUGGCCAUGACCAGAUCUUGUGGGGCUUCCUAGGAAUGACCCAUAUGAAAACACUGCACUUCUUUAAAAAAUAUAUUAAAAAUAUACUUUUCAGGUUUAUACAUUUCACUGAUUUUAUGAUCAUUGUUACAAUUCAAAACUUGACUUCCUCCCCCCUCUUUCUGUGGUCCCUUAAAUUUAUUUUUAAUAUAUUCUGCAUAUCCAAAUUAACUUUAUCUGCUCAUGUAUUCGUCUUUUUUAAAGAUAUGCUCUUAGGAAACUGCAGCUUCUUACCAUAAUCCUGCCAAUGCUCUUAUCUGUUUACAAUUUAUCUGUAAAUAUUCAAUAAACCAUUUCCAUUCUUUUAUGAAAAGUUUGUUAUCUUGAUUUAUUAUUUUUCCGGUAAGCUUUCUCCAUUUCUGCAUAUUCCAUAAGUUUUUGUAUCCAUUCUUCUUUCGCUGGGAUUUUGCAUGUAUUGCAUGUAGUGGUUGCAACAAUGAAUCUACCAAACAAUCACAUCAAUACAAAUGGAUACAUGCAAACAUGUGGCAGUAUCUUCAUGGCUAAGCUGGCGCAGUCAUUCUAAAAACAAAUCUUCAUUGCUCUAGGAGAGUGAUGGGGAACCUCAGGCCCAGCAGCAAAAAGGCAGCCUUCCAGGUUUUUUUCCACGAGCCACUCCUCUCAUCGACUCUGCUUUGCACUCUCAUUUGGCUGGCUGGAAUGUGCCCUUGAACUCAGGGGCGUAGGAAGGGGGUGCGAGGGUGCGGUCCACCCCGGGUGUCAUCCCUGAGGGGGUGACAAAAUGGCACACUGCGGGGGGGAGGCACUUACCGAGGGGCCUGGCCUGCAGCAAGCCCGAGCCACGCAUCUCUCCUGGGAGUGACGCAGUGGCUCGGGGCCCCGCACUGCUUGAAAUGGCAGCGUGGAGCCCGCAUCCUCCAGGCGGACUCCAUGGGCAGCCCGCCUCACCACCCCCCAGGGCGGAUCACCACGCCUCCCCCUGGGCGGAUCGCCACAGCACCCCCAUGCGCAGAUCACCGUGUUAGAAUUCCUGCUCCAUGUUUGUAGUCAUGGGAUUGUCUAUCACAUGACGAUAUAUGUUUUGACUCCACAGAGUGGGAAGGGACCGAGACAGGAUGUUUGUGUUACUGUGAAGUGGGACUAUUGUCCUUUGUUCUUUUCUCUUUGCUGCCUGAUGCUAGAGAGAGAGGGAGCCAUGUUGCAGUGCUCCGUGUGUGUUUAUAUGUAAAUAAAGUAGAUUACCGAAAAUGCUGAGUUGCUGAGGUCUGUCACACAAGCUGCGCAGAUUCUGCGGAUUCCUGUCUGUUGUUUGGGCUGACGAAAGCUUUUGAAGCUCCUGAACAAUCGACCAGAAGGGAGAGAACAUGCCAGACGGGCAUGUGUCUCUGCCAGGGUCCUACUUGAGUGUAGGCUGAGCUCCUGACAUGCCGCACUGCCCCCGUGGGUGGCUCACCUGGCCCACGUCACUCCAGGUGCUGAAACAGCUAGCUACGCCCCUGCUUGAACUCAGAUAAGGUUUGUCCAAAUGAGGAACAGAGAGGAGUGCUUAAGUGCAGGUAGAAACUCUACUACUGUACCAAGGUAAAGUUUGCAUCUACUGCUCUUCCCAUUUUGGGCUAGAAACAUUGGUCCCCAUUGGCAUACAGCCCUCAAAAGGCAGCCCAGGCGGCAAUGUGACUCUCAGGCUGAAAAGAAGACCCCCCCACACACACACCUUUCCUCUUCAUUCCUCAAGAACUUGUUGAGAAAGAGGGCGAGAGACCCUUGUUUCCUUCAACGCUGAAAAGCAAUAUUUAUAUCUCAAGUAAAAGUCGACAGUUUCAAAUGCAGAGAAUUAAUUGAAUGUGUGUGUGUUUUCCACUGCUGGGAAACCGAAGAGGUCCACAAUUCAUAUAUCCACAUAAACAAUAAGAAUAUAUAGUAUUAGUUAAUGUUAAAAGCACGUGCUAAAUUAUUUUCAUGCCAUUAUGAGUUUGGAUGUGCACUUUUCACAGCUACGGGUAAAUAAAUAAUACUAAUUUAAUUUGUUUUCCCCUUACAGCAGAAAUGGAAAAGGAAAGAACAACGUUCCCAGUAG